AUGGAAGGCACCCCCAUACUGCUGUGCUACUGUAAGAGGUGUGCAUGUGACAACGCCAAGGGACUGAGGGCCUUCUUCGAUGCCAUAUGCUACGGACCCAAACACCUGAUGAUCUUUGGAGGGGUGUGUCCGUCCGUGACGUCCAUCAUUGCUGAGUCACUGGAGGGGUGGAACCUGGUACAGCUCUCCUUUGCGGCAACAACCCCUGUUCUGGCCGACAAGAAGAAGUACCCCAACUUCUUCCGGACGGUUCCGUCGGACAACGCAGUGAACCCAGCCGUGGUCAAGUUCCUCAACUUCUACACCUGGAGCCGUGUUGGGACCCUCACACAGGAUGUCCAGAGGUUCUCAGAGGUGAGGAAUGACUUGACCAAUGAGCUGGAGAAGGCAGACAUCCAGAUCGCUGACACCGAGAGCUUCUCCAACGACCCCUGUGUCAAUGUCAAGAAGCUCAAGGAUAAUGAUGUGAGGAUCAUUAUCGGACAGUUUGAUGAGAAUCUGGCCUCCAAAGUAUUCUGCUGUGCGUACAACCUCAACAUGUAUGGUAGUAAGUACCAGUGGAUCAUACCAGGCUGGUACCAGGGGAACUGGUGGGAGCAGGCCAACUCCACCAACUGCACCACCAGGAAGCUGCUGACCGCUAUGGAGGGAUACAUCGCUGUGGACUUUGAACCGCUCAGCGCCAAACAGGUCAAGGGCAUCUCUGGAAGGACACCUAAGGAGUACGAGAGGGAGUACAGUAAAGAGCUGCAGCAGAAGGGAGUGGAGCCCUCGAAGUACCAUGGCUUCGCCUACGAUGGGAUCUGGGUGAUAGCUAAGACCCUGACCCGCGUCAUGGAUUUACUGCAGCACAAGGAGAGGCAGGACAUGUACCACAACUUCACCGUGGACGACCGGGAGGUGGGCAGGCUGGUGCUGGACGUCAUGAACGAAACCAACUUCUAUGGCGUCACGGGCCAAGUCAUGUUCAGGAACGGAGAACGGAUGGGCACGAUCAAAUUCACACAGUUUCAAGAGGGUCAGGAGGUGAAGGUCGGAGAGUACAACGCUAUUGCUGAUGUCCUGGACCUUAUUAACAACACCAUGAGGUUCCAAGGGGUGGAGCCUCCUAAGGACCGUACGUUUGUGCGUCUGCAGCGUCGCAACAUCAACGUACCCCUCUACAGCAUCCUGUCUGUUAUCACCAUCCUGGGCAUGCUCAUGGCAGGGGCCUUCCUCUUCUUCAACAUCAAGAACCGCAACCACAGACUGAUCAAGAUGUCCAGUCCCUACAUGAACAACCUCAUCAUUCUGGGAGGAAUGCUGUCCUACUCCUCCAUCUUCCUCUUUGGCCUGGAUGGCGCCUUGGUGUCCGACAAAGAGUUUGAGGCCCUGUGCACCGUGAGAACGUGGAUCCUCAUCGUAGGGUAUACGACAGCGUUCGGCGCCAUGUUCGCCAAGACCUGGAGAGUCCACGCGAUCUUCAAGAAUGUCAAGAUGAAGAAAAAGAUUAUCAAGGACCAAAAGCUGCUGAUCAUCGUUGGUGGGAUGCUGCUGAUUGACCUAUGCAUCCUCAUAUGCUGGCAGAUUGUUGACCCGCUGAAGAGGACCGUGGAGGAGUACAGCUUGGAGGUAGAUUCUCUGAAAGUGAGAACAGAUCAGGAGCUGGGGCAACAACAUGUUCGCCACUCUAAACCCAUGGAGUGUUCUCACAGCCCUAAACCCAUGGAGUGUUCUCACAGCCCUAAACCCGUGGAGUGUAGUGAAUGUAUUAGCCUCUCCGAGUAUGAGCCUGUCGCUGCAUGUCUGUACUGGAGCUGGGCUGUGGAGCUGGGGAUCCACAGCCUUCCUGCCUGA